CGUGCGCGGUCCAACGGGAAAAGAGGGGCGGUGUCGCAGGUGGUAACUGACAGAGGCAGAGGCGAAGCUGAAGACAGAGACUCGAGAGGCUUCGGAGGACAGGAUCGCGGCCGCAGCGGCGACGAAGCAAAGAUGUCGUAUUCUAGGUACAGGAGUCGUUCAAGGAGCGUGGACUCGAGUGAUGUUGAGAACCCUGGGAACAAUCUCUUCGUGACUGGUUUAUCAUCUCGUCUAACUGAUCGAGAUCUGGAGAAGCAUUUCUCUACAGAGGGAGAGGUGAUUGAUGCAAGUAUAGUACUUGAUCCAUGGACAAGGGAAUCACGGGGAUUUGGGUUUGUUACCAUGGCUACUCUUAAGGAGGCAGAACGCUGCAUCAAAUAUCUCGACCGUUCAGUGCUGGAAGGUCGUGUCAUUACUGUUGAGAAGGCAAAGCGAAGACGAGGUCGAACCCCAACACCAGGAAGGUAUCUGGGCGCCAAAUCAUCGCGUGGAAGGAGAGGACGAUCAUACGCUCGUCGUCACAUGCGUAGAUCAUACUCCCCAUAUGAAAGAAGGCAAUCCUACUCUCCCUAUGGCAGAAGGAGAUCAUACUCUCCUUCCAACAGGUCGGAGUCUCCCUGCGACAGGCGAAGGUCCUACUCACCCUACGACAGGCGCAUGUCUUGCUCGCCCCGCCAUGGUCAUCGCCACCGUUCAAGAUCUCCAUACCGCUACAGAAGGCGGAGGUCGCGCUCCCAUGACCGUUCUGUUUCAGCAUACUACAGCAGGCGCUAUUCUCCAAGGAGCAGAAGACGGAGCUACUCUCGCAGCAUAUCGCCACGCAGGAGCUACUCCCGCAGCUGCUCUCCGGCGUCGGAAGAAUUAAGGAGCUGUUCUCCGCGGAAAGGACGCGCCGAAAGCAAGGCAUCACGCAGCAGGUCACCUGGGAAGAGGCGUUCCAGAGAAAGCUAUGCUCACAGCCGCAGUUCAUGCUCGAGGUCCGUCUCCAGGGAACGCUCAACCUCAGCAAGCACCUGAUGUUUUACGAAGCGCCAGGCCACCGUAUUUCCGUUGUAAUGUUGGAAUUUUAGUAACUUGGAUGUUUGUAAACAGUGUGGAUGGUAUGAUCGUGCACCUAGUGAAGCAGCUGUAUUUCGUCAUGGUUCUGGACUUGCAUGCCAUAUGCAUGCUAAACGCUGUACUUUAUACUUCUGUUUUCAGUAUGGUUGGCAGUUUACAUCAUGGAUUUGGCUAAA